CACAGGGUCUUGUCCGUGGACGCCACGUUUGCCCCGAGAGACCCCCAAGCUCCCGGCCAGUUUGGGCACCCUGUCGCGGUCCCUGUCGAGAAACAAGAAGAAGCGAAAAGCAGGUGGAAGGAAGGAAACUUCAAUGUCUACCUCAGCGAUUUGAUCCCCGUAGACCGAGCCAUAGCAGACACCAGGCCUGCCGGGUGCUCCGAGCAGCGGGUUCACGACAACCUCCCGACCACCACCAUCAUCAUGUGCUUCGUGGAUGAGGUGUGGUCCACCCUGCUGCGCUCUGUUCACAGCGUCCUCAGCCGGUCCCCUCCACGCCUGAUCGAAGAAGUCAUUUUGGUGGACGACUUCAGCUCCAAAGAGUACCUCAAGGAGAAGCUGGACAAAUACAUGUCGCGGUUCCCAAAAGUGAAGAUCCUCCACCUGAAGGAGAGGCACGGUCUCAUACGGGCCAGGCUGGCAGGAGCACAGAUGGCCAAAGGCGCCGUCCUGACGUUCCUGGACUCGCACGUGGAGUGCAACGUGGGGUGGCUGGCCACUGGGAGGGGGGGGGGGCGGGAGCCACUGCUGGAGAGGGUCCACCUGAGCCACACCAAGGUUGCCUGCCCCGUCAUCGAGGUCAUCAGCGACAAGGACAUGAGUUACAUGACCGUGGACAACUUUCAGCGCGGGAUUUUUACUUGGCCAAUGAAUUUCGGAUGGAGGCAGAUUCCUCAAGAGGUCAUUGAGAAAAAUAAAAUCAAGGAAACUGAUAUAAUAAGGUGUCCAGUCAUGGCAGGCGGCCUGUUUUCCAUUGAUAAGAAGUAUUUUUUCAAGCUGGGAGCGUACGACCCGGGACUGGAUGUUUGGGGAGGUGAAAAUAUGGAGAUUUCAUUCAAGGUCUGGAUGUGUGGGGGAGAGAUUGAGAUUGUCCCAUGCUCCAGAGUUGGGCACAUUUUCAGGAACGACAACCCGUACUCCUUCCCGAAAGAUCGGGUGAGAACGGUGGAGAGGAACCUGGCCCGUGUCGCGGAGGUCUGGCUGGACGAAUACAAGGAGUUAUUCUACGGCCACGCUUACCACUUGGUUUUGAAAAACCUGGAUGUCGGCAACCUGACUCAACAAAUCCAACUGCGGAAGAAGCUUCAGUGCAAAAGUUUCCGGUGGUACCUGGAGAACGUGUACCCAGACCUGGAGGCUCCCCUGGUUAAAGCCAGUGGGCUGCUUGUUAACGCUGCCACGGCAAGGUGCAUCACCGUGGAGAACACCACUGUAGCUUUGGCGGCGUGUGACGUUAACGACAAGCACCAAAGGUUCAACUACACCUGGCUGAGACUCAUCCGGCACGGAGAGCUCUGCCUCGCUCCGGCUGGUGCCAUGGGAGCGCCGGACCUACGUCGCUGCCAGGGUGGGAGCCACGGCCUGACGUGGCUGCACGGGUCGCUGGCCACCAGCCACCGGGAGCUGAGGGACCACAUCAUCUCGGAGCACCUCCAGCAGCCGAUGUGCUUGGAAGUGGAUCCUUCUCACACAGCCCUGCGGGUAAAUGCCUGUGACUCUGCAAAUCCUCAUCAGAAGUGGCAGUUUGGCAAUUACUACGCAGACUGA